AUGUCGCCCCCAUCGUCCAUGACCUCUCAGCCAGAACCAUUGCGAAAGCGGCGACGAACCUGCCGAGCUUGCGAUGAGUGUCGUCGCAAGAAGAUCAAGUGCGAUGGGAAACAGCCUUGCACCCAUUGCACCGUUCAUAGCUAUGAAUGUACCUACGAUCAUCCCUCCAGCCGCCGUCAUAACACAACCCCCCAGUAUGUCGAAGCUCUCGAGACACGAUUGCAGAAGGCUGAGAUCCUCCUUCGAGCUGCGCUGCCAGACGUGAACCUUGAUGGCCCGCAGCUGGACCUGCACACAACUGAACAGAAAAUAGCCGCGCACAUGGAGGAAGAUGGUCUCCUGGAUGCUAAGGUCGAUAGCUCGGGCCUCUUGGAUCGGGAUGACCGGGGACACUGGGACUAUCAUGAAAGCACAUCCUGUCCCAUGUUCGUGCGCCGGCUCCGGAAACAGCUCGGUGCUAUGGAAGUGCCUGGGCCGAUGUCCCAAGCAAAGAUCAUGAUAACGAAAAUGUUGGAAAGCCCCAACUCCACAUCUGAGUCUCUUCAAGAUACGGUGCCGCCUCUCACUCAUUAUUUACCGUCAAGAGCGACAGCGCGCCGCUUGUGUAAUAACGCUCUUGACGACGCCUGCUCCCUGAUGCGAUUCGUUCACGAGCCGUCCUUUCUCGCCAACUUCGAUCGCAUCUACGAUACCCCGCAAGAGCAGUUUGGCAACGAGGAGACUGAAUUCUUGCCACUGCUGUAUAUUGUUAUGGCUGUCGGGUGUUUGUUCUCAGACGAUGAGGCCGGUAAUCUGGAUUUUGCAGGUAAUGAGAGUGCGAUCAUGAAAGGAUUUCAAUUCUUCGAGGCCGGCCGACAGCUACUGGCGGUUACCGAUUGCCGCAAUCUGACCUCACUACAGACGAUCUGCUUCAUGGUGGUUUUUCUACAGUCUUCUGCGAAGCUGAGUACUUGUUAUUCUUACGUGGGCAUUGCGCUUCGCUCGGCGUUACGUCUAGGUCUGCAUCGGAGCGUGGAUGCGAAUUUCAACCCAGUCGAGCGGGAGCUGCGCAAACGCAUUUUUUGGGUUAUUCGCAAUAUGGAUAUCUAUGUCAACACCUUUCUAGGUCUUCCACAAAUGUUGAGUGACGAUGACAUCGACCAGGAAUAUCCGUUAGCAGUGGACGAUGAAUUCAUCUCCCCACAGGGCAUCUUCCCAAUGCCAUCCGGCUAUACUUCAUUGAUGGCGGGUUGUAAUGCGCAUACGCGUCUCUCAAAUAUUACCUUGAAAGUCGUCAAAUAUAUCUAUCCGUUGAAGAACGCUCGUCACCACUCUAAAUUCAAUCGGCGGUACCUAGUGAGCCACUCCAAGAUCCGUGAAAUAGAGCGUGAUCUCCAAGCAUGGAUGGAGGAACUUCCUGCCGCCCUACGCCCAGGAACGGAGGUGUCGCCGCAACUGGAACGUGUUCGACAACAACUGCGCAUUAGCUAUGCCCAUGUGCAAAUGGUCAUGUACCGCCCCUUCUUGCAUUAUGCGACAAGAGAAUCUCAGAUACGAGGCGUGGAUAAGCGAUCUUACGCUUGCGCGGCCGCAUGCGUCAGCGUCUCUCGCAAUAUUGUCUACAUUACAGCCAGCAUGCAGAAGAGAGGGCUUCUCAACGGCUCUUUCUGGUUUACGAUUUACUCGACUUACUUUGCUAUUCUUUCGUUGAUCUUUUUCGUGGCGGAAAACCCUGGUUCGCCGGCGACCAAGGAUGGCAUUCUCAAAGAUGCCAUGGAAGGAAGGAAUACUUUGGAUAGGCUGGCCAAGAAGAGUAUGGCUGCAGAUCGGUGUUCCCAAAGUCUAACUGUCUGUGUUCUACUCUCUGGCCAACCUCGGAAUACUGAUCGGAAACUCCAGUGCCUAUUCCAAACUCUACCAGAGAUUUUGAAGAAUCGCCAAAGCGCGAAAACGCGUGUCAAUUUCACGUACCCAGCGCUACCCCAUAGUCCGACAGCGGCUAAGAUACCAUCUCCGCAGAGUCUCUCGCAUCAUUCAAGCAGCUUCCCAUUCCAAAGAGUACCCCAAGCUGGACUGGGGGAAGCCCCCAGUCAUCAAAAACCAAGUCUGGAUGACACACAGAGUAAUCAUUCCCACGAGAGUGACACUCAAUCGGCAUUGAUGGCAGGAAUAUCGGAGCUGCCGAUCGAAACUAUCUCCCUGCUCGACAAUAUUCAGACAACAUGCCCGCAGAACCUUUCGAAGUCCAUAAAAGAAGCAUCAAACCCUGUUUUCUUCCAACAAUUUAACAACCCAACCAAUCUGCCGGAUCUCAUGUUUUCGUUGGAUGAUCCAUUCGCAUAUCCCACCCAGAACAUGGAAGACGGUCACUUCCGGUCCGACCAGUCGGGGACAUCCUCAUCGCAGGAUCUCUUCGAUCACACAGGCAUGGCUUCCACGACCUCAACCAACCCACCAAGUAUGCGCGUCACCGCUCCUAGCUUCGGGGCCUUCCACAACCUUCCUCAAUCCGCUGCGGCUAAAUCCUCCGUGCCAAGCCGUUUGUCGAGCGCAACCCAAUCCAUGAGCGAAUACCCCUCACAAUCCCCAAUGCUACAAACCUCAUUAAGUGGCAAUGAAGCAUUAGGCAGCCCAGAUCUGGUGUCGAUUCCAAGCCAGAACUUCGUGUGGCAAGGAUACUACUUCCAGCCUUCCAUUGGGGGCCUGGAACAAACCGCGCAGCAAGGCUCUUCUGCUGGUGAUCAGGUGCAAGAUUCCAACAUGGGCACUGAUCAGGAUACUUUGGGACCGUACAUGGCUCUAAACAUUCCCUUUGAUGACUUGUUCAACAAUUUUGCCAGUGGAGACGGCGCGUUUAACGAAGAAAGGAUGCAGUGGAUGAAUAGGGGUGCGUGA